AUGGGCGUCGCGGCGAAGCGACGCGCCAAGGCGCGCGCGGCCAAGGCGCGCGACAGGGCGACGGCGGAGGCGAAGACGGGAGACGACGCGACGGCGACGACGACGCGCGGCGAGACGAAGGCGCGAGGCGCGAGACGCGAAAAGAGCGGCGCGAACGCGGGCGAUGAGGACGUCGAGAUCGAGUACGUGGCGGCGCCGAUCGAGUUAGAGCUAGAGGGGACGAGCGAUGCGGACGGGGAGGACGGAUUGGGGGAGUUUAAGGCGAUUUUUGAGGCGUUUCGAGCGAGAGGGGCGAGAGGGGGCGAGGUCGGCACGAGCGCGGACGACGCGGGGGCGAAGAAGGGUGAUGGGGGCGACGGCGCGGAUGAAGACGACGGGGACGACGGGGACGAUGACGGCGCGGGCGAGGAGCUUUCGAAUAAAAAGAAGAAGGAACUGCGUCGGAUGAAGGUGGCGGAGCUCAAGCAACACUGCGCGAAGCCAGAAGUCGUGGAGGUUUGGGACGCGAGCGCGAACGAUCCGAGAUUACUCGUCUUUCUCAAGGCGCACAGGAACACGGUCCCGGUGCCGAGACAUUGGAGCCAAAAGCGGGCGUUUUUGCAAGGUAAGCGAGGGAUCGAGAAGCCGCCGUGGGAGUUGCCGGAUUUUAUUCGCGCCACGGGAAUUCAGAAGAUUCGCGACCACUACGCGGAGAAGGAAGACGCCAAGUCGUUGAAACAGAAGGCAAAAGAUACGAAAACGGCCAAGCUCGGGCGCAUGGAUAUCGAUUAUCAAAUUCUGCACGAUGCGUUCUUCGUCUACCAAUCCAAACCCAAGAUGUCCAAACCCGGGGAUUUGUACUUUGAGGGCAAGGAGUUUGAGGUUUCCAUCGGACGCAAGCCCGGCAAGCUGAGCGAAGAACUCAAGGCUGCGCUCGGCAUGACGGACGGCGGACCACCUCCGUGGUUGAUCAACAUGCAACGAUACGGUCCGCCGCCGAGCUAUCCGCACCUGCGCGUGCCGGGGCUUUCCGCGCCGAUUCCCGCGGGAGCGCAGUUCGGCUACCAUCCGGGCGGUUGGGGCAAACCGCCCGUGGACGAGCUCGGCGUGCCCAUCUACGGCGACGUGUUCGGAAGCACGAAGACAAAGGCGAGUGAUAGCACGCCGUACGACGUAGCUGUCGACAAGACGAAACGGUUCGGUGAGAUCGACGAAGAGUUGGAGGAAGAGGAGAGCGAGGAAGAGGUGGAGGAGGAAGAAGUCGCCGCGGAGGAGGCCGAGGAGGAGGAGGCCGAGGAAGAAGAAGAGUCCGCGGAACUCCACGCGGGCGCCGAAACGCCAGACGUUUUGGAUCUGCGCAAAAAGUCCGAAGGCCCGAAGUCAUUGUACACGGUGUUACCGUCGCAAGAAGCCUCCGUCGGCGCCGACCAAAUCGUCGGCUCGGCGCACACGUACGCCAUCCCUACCGACGGCGACGACAAGCCCAAGCGUCGCACCCGUGGCGCGGGCGUCGAAGUCACGCUCGACGCCGAGGCCCUCGGAGACGAUGGCUUGCAAGAUGAAGACGCGAUCCGCGCCGCGUACGAGGAAACCGUCGCGGCGAAGAAGGCCGCCGCCGCGCCAGAGGACUUUUCCGACAUGGUCGCCGACCACGCCCGCGCUCAAAAACGAAAGGCCAAAGACAAAAAAGAUAGCGACGCAAAAAAGUUCAAAUUUUAA